GCCAAACCCGCAAACAGCACAAAUAGAUGAACGCCGACAGCAACGAUCCCCGCGCGUCAGUGUGGCUCGCUGUAGCCAAGCUGUGCAGCGAGGACGAGACCAGCAGCGGCGUGAGCUACUCGCCGACCUUUGUCGAAGCGUUGAGCCAUGUCGUGUACGCGCAGGCAGAAACCAUGGGCGGCGAUCUCGAGUGCUUUGCAAAGCACGCCCGUAGGACAAAGAUUUCGGUCGACGAUGUCAAGCUCUGCGCACGCAGGAAUGGUGCAUUGCACAAGCAGCUCGAGGAUAUAGCCGAAUCCACCUCCGCCAAGCCCAACAAGUGAUUGACCAAAACGGUCUCCUAUUUUUAGUCCCCGUUUUCAGACCGG